UAUAAGUUGGUGUUGUGGAGGUACUACAUACAGAGAGCACAUGUGAAAUGCAAACAGAGCUUUCUAGCGCUCUGUCAGUCCUUUGUUAGAGUUUUGGGUUAAAGAACUGAAACUUCUCCAGAAACACAAAGAGCUAAAGAAGUGUCAUAAGUUGCUGCAGUUAAUCUCAAACACAGCUGCAUCUAUUAAUACUGCCUUGUUUCUGUACUCUUAGGUUUUUUUUUAAAUACAGUAUUAUAUAGUACAGUAAUACAUUAUAUUUGAUGUAUUGAUGUAAGUAAAUAGACAUAUUAAUGAUUGGGGAAGAAAUCUGUCUAAUUAUGGAUCCUUCUCUCCCUUGGUGUGAGGAAUAGUUUUAACAGUUUAAAGCUAUUUUGAUGUUUUAUAUUCUGAUCUAGCUGGUGUGAUGGUGCCUGCGGUGUCUGUAACAGCCCAAAGUUGAAUAUUUUCUGGGAACACCAUUGGCGCAUGGUGUUCCCAGAAAAUAUUCUAUAAUCUCUUCUAGCACAUCAAUAGGCCAAAUAACAAAGCUGUUUGGUGUUGCUUAUGUUAUAGCAGAUCUUAAUAGAUCUCAAUCUUUCUGUCUGCCUGUCUCAUUCUCUCUCUUUUUUUUUUCUUUUUGUAAAAAAGCAAAAAAAUGCCGAUUGGUACAGAAAAAGUACAAACUUCAAUACAUUUUUAUCGGUUUCUUAGACUUUGAGUUUGUGCCAAGCAAGUUAUUAGAGCUCCCCCUUCAUCAAAACAGCUUUGAUUAAUCAAGGCAUGGACUCCCCUAGACUUCCGUAGGUGUGCUUCGGUAUCUGGCACCAAGAUGUUGGCAGCAGAUCCUUUAAGUCCUGUAAGUUGCGGGGUGGAGCCUCUAUGGAUCGGACCUGAUUGUCCAGCACGUCCUAUACAGGCUUUUGAGGAUUGAGGAUUGAGAACUGGCUCAAACAAAACUAUUUUUGCAGCAUGGCAGAGCUGCUGAAAGAAGCCAGAGCCAUUAGGGAAUACUGUUGCUAUGAAGUGGUGUACUUGGGCUGCAAUAAUUUUUAAGUAGGUGCUAUAGGUCAAUAUAAUCUCCACAUGAAUGGCAGAUAGCAUUAUUGACUUAAUUGGUAUUUGACUGUCAGCAGUUUUAUUGUUAUGGCUGAUCUGUGAAAACCUGUGUUAUGGUUUAAUAUUUAAAGUUAUGAGCUAUCACUUCCAGUAAUAUAUAAAGUUUCAAUUGUUGUUUAUUGUGAAUAUUUUUUAAAUCAUGUUUCCAGAACCCUGUUUUCUGAAUAUUGAUCACAAAACAACCUUUGAUCCAGACAACAUGCUGAUGUGUGAGAUCUCACUACAAACAGUAAGCAGACAGUAUAACCCAGUUUCAUAGAGGUACUACAUAUAGAGAGCAUAUGUGAAAUUCAUCCAGCUCUUAGUUCGCUGUCAGUCUUGGGGUAAAGAACUGAAACUUCUCCAGAAACACAUCAAGAGCUACAGAAGAGGAAUAAGGUGCUGCAGUGACCAUGCCUCGCUUCUUGCUACUGCUCUCCGUGAUUGUGCUCGGACUCUUCUGCCUGGCCGGUGCUGAAGAGAGCCAAGCUGAGUCCAGGGAAAAGCGGGACAUGCCAAACUGGGCUCUGACCUCCUCUGACUUUUUCGGCUGGAUUGAAGAGCUACGCAAUCACGCUGGCUAUGACAAAAUUGACGAACUGGCCAGAACUUUCUGGGCUCAUUUCCCCUCGGCUAGUCGUUUGGGCUACGAUUCCCCAGCUCCUGAAGAAUAAUGACAUUUAGUAUUUGCUGUUUUUCUGUGCAAAUAAACUAAUACUGUCAAAACUGUUAUCACUUUUCAGAAAUUGCUGCCUAACAUAAGGUUUCAUUAAAGAUUGUCAAAAUGUGUGAUGUUACAGCACAUGUCCAGUUACUUUUUCCAGACAGUGGAAACAAAAUACAAACGCUUAAGAAUGUUUCUUUUUACUUUUUUGUAAAAAUUGUGCUGCUUGUCUCAAUCUCUGCUAUUCUUUCUACUAGAUCGUGUUAUCCAACUGGUCUAUUUAAGCACAUUUAUCUCUUGUGUUUAUCCUCCUCAAGACUGCUGUAGCUAUAAGUACUUUGUGACUUAUAUACUACUUCUCUCUUCAGCCUUAGGUUAUCCAUAUGUGCUUAUCUGUUCAUAGAUUUCUGCCUCUUAGGGUUUUUUUUUGCUUGAUAACUUGCUCAACUAAAGAAAACUGAAGUAAACACACACUCGAACACAGAUAUAAUUGCCUUAUCUAAUGGUAUAUUUCAG